AUCACAAAUAGCAGUUUGGCAGCAGAGCAUAAAAAACAGGACAGACGAGACCAAACCAUAGACUGUAUAAAACAUGGACGUAGUCUCCAUAGGUUUCUUUAAAGCCACUUUGAAGCUCAAAGUGGGCGUCACCAGCCGUGGCCAUCUUGGCAGCGCGUCACUCGGCCCAACUCCCAGAUAACCAAAAAUGGGCAAAGAGGUGGAGCGCGGGUGGAGCUGAGGUGCCCGGUUGCUGAAAAACACCCACCUAGCUCGAAGUUAUCAAGCUAGCUAAGGCUAAGAAGCUAGGCUAUAUGCUACUCUACGUUGCUAGCCGGCUAACCCUGUGGUAUGCGGUUGGUGGUCUACGGCUGGUACCCAGUCGUCAUCCCAGCUUACUCUUGAGUCCUUGUUGGGGUCAUGGCCACCUGUGAAGCCUCCACCACGCCUGCUACACACAGCAUAAACUUGUGGAUCAUUGGGUUCAGUGGUGCCACAGAUCCAAAUGAAAGGAGGAUUGUUCUAGUCGGGAAGACCGGAGUGGGGAAGAGCGCUGCGGGAAACACCAUCCUGGGGAGAGAAGCGUUCGAGUCUGAACUAUCUCCGUCUUCCCAGACGUCUGAAUGCCAGAAAGCCAAGGGGUCCGUCGAAGGUCGAAAGGUCGCCGUCAUCGACACUCCAGGGCUGUUUGACACUAAUUUCACCCAAGAAGAAGUGUUGAAGAGGAUCAAGAUCUGCAUCUCUCUGUCUGCUCCUGGUCCUCACGCCUUCCUGGUAGUUCUUCAGCUGGGCAGAUUCACGCAGGAGGAGAAGGAAACCGUGAAGAUGAUUCAGACCACUUUUGGUGAAGAUGCAGAUAAAUACACAAUGGUGUUGUUCACACAUGGAGACCAGCUGGAGAAGCAAACCAUUGAGGGCUAUAUUUCACAGAGUCCUGACCUGAAAGCCAUCAUUCGGAAGUGCUACAAUCGAUACCAUGUCUGUAAUAACGUAAUCAAAGACCCUGAACAAACCAGUCAGCUCCUGGACAAAAUUGACAAGAUGACUAUGGCUAACGGUGGAGGCUACUACACCAACGAAAUGUUCAUGAGAGCAGAGGCAGCCAUAGAGAAGGAGAAACAGCGACUCCUGAAGGAGUCGGAAGCACGGAGGCAGAGAGAGCUGGAUGAACUGAAAGCCAAAUAUGUAGAGGAGGCCUACCGCAAGGAGGAGAAGCGGCUGCAUAGCAGAUAUGAGUAUGACGCCAGAGCUCGAGCUGAAAGAUCAAAUGAGUUUGUCGCUGCUCCGGUAAUAGCUAUAGCAACAGCCUGUGGUGCUGCUGUCGGCGGUCUGCUCGGAAUUGCAGCAGGUCCAAUUGGUUUGGUAGUUGGAGUCGCAGCUGGAGCGGCUGCUGGAGCGGCUGUUGGUGCUUUAUCGAUAAGAGUCUCAGAGCAUUGCCAUGUGCAAUAAAGACAUUACAAUACGCAGUUAAAUGAUGAUGUUUAUAUUUGAUUAUUUUCCAGGAAAAAUACAGUCCUCUAGUCUAGUGUAAUCUGCAGUUUCUUCUUAGUAAACUCUUUGCACAAAUAAUUUGCAUUACAGAUGACUCUAAUAAUCACUUUUUGUCAAUAAUUGAAAUAUUUUGUACCUGGAAUAUGUAGAGCUAAUCGACUUGUAUUAUGCUGCGUCUUGACUGUGUAAUAUUUGCGUUUUAUAAUUAAAAUCAUUAAUGUAUUUACCAUGAUGUACAUGUGUAGCAUCUAAAUAAACAAUGUUAAACUGUA